CGCCGCCGGCCGCACCGUGGGGCGUGGUGAACGGGGACCGAAAGCCUGGGAGAGUCCACCCCACGGCCGCUCCGGGUGGCGGGUGCUUAGUGAGGACAGGGCGCGACGCGCGGGCGCGCGGACGGACCGGCGGGCGGGAGCUGGGAGCGCGCUGUCCGGAGGUGUCAGUCUGAGGCGCAUGCGUGCGGGGCGGGCCCGGCCCGGCCUAUAUAUUGGGUUGGCGCCGGCGCCAGCUGAGCUGAGCUGUAGCGGGUUUGGCGAGGUUUUAUACACCUGAAAGAAGAGAAUGUCAAGACGAAGUAGCCGUAUACAGGCUAAGCAGCAGCCCCAGCCCAGCCAGACGGAAUCCCCCCAAGACGCCCAAAUAAUCCAGGCCAAGAAGAGGAAGACAACCCAGGAUGUCAAAAAAAGAAGAGAGGAGGUCACCAAGAAACAUCAGUAUGAAAUUAGGAAUUGUUGGCCACCUGUAUUAUCUGGGGGGAUCAGUCCUUGCAUUAUCAUUGAAACACCUCACAAAGAAAUAGGAACAAGUGAUUUCUCCAGAUUUACAAAUUACAGAUUUAAAAAUCUUUUUAUUAAUCCUUCACCUUUGCCUGAUUUAAGCUGGGGAUGUUCAAAGGAAGUCUGGCUAAACAUGUUAAAAAAGGAGAGCAGAUAUGUUCAUGACAAACAUUUUGAAGUUCUGCAUUCUGACUUGGAACCACAGAUGAGGUCUGUACUUCUAGACUGGCUUUUAGAGGUAUGUGAAGUAUACACACUGCAUAGGGAAACAUUUUAUCUUGCACAAGACUUUUUUGAUAGAUUUAUGUUGACACAAAAGGAUAUAAAUAAAAAUAUGCUUCAACUCAUUGGAAUUACCUCAUUAUUCAUUGCUUCCAAACUUGAGGAAAUCUACGCUCCUAAACUCCAAGAGUUUGCUUAUGUCACUGAUGGUGCUUGCAGUGAAGAGGAUAUCUUAAAGAUGGAACUCAUUAUAUUAAAGGCUUUAAAAUGGGAACUUUGUCCUGUAACAGUCAUCUCCUGGCUAAAUCUUUUUCUCCAAGUUGAUGCUCUUAAAGAUGCUCCUAAAGUUCUUCUACCUCAGUAUUCUCAGGAAACAUUCAUUCAAAUAGCUCAGCUUUUAGAUCUGUGUAUUCUAGCCGUUGAUUCAUUAGAGUUCCAGUACAGAAUACUGACUGCUGCUGCCUUGUGCCAUUUUACCUCCAUUGAAGUGGUUAAGAAAGCCUCAGGUUUGGAGUGGGACAGUAUUUCAGAAUGUGUAGAUUGGAUGGUACCUUUUGUCAAUGUAGUAAAAAGUACUAGUCCAGUGAAGCUGAAGACUUUUAAGAAGAUUCCUAUGGAAGACAGACAUAAUAUCCAGACACAUACAAGUUACCUGGCUAUGCUGGAAGAAGUAAAUUACAUAAACACCUUCAGAAAAGGGGGACAGCUGUCACCAGUGUGCAGUGGAGGCAUUAUGACACCACCGAAGAGCACCGAAAAACCACCAGGAAAACACUAAAGAAGAUAACUAAGGAAACAAGUUGGAAUUCACCAAGUAUUGGGUAAAACUGGUAUCAAUGAACUACUCAAGUUUUACAGGAAAAUAGUGCUGUGAUUGUCCUAGCCAAUUCAGAAGUUACACUGCCAUUCUUUGAUUUUAAAACUUAAUUAUAAUUCCUAUGUUAAUUGUUAAAGAAACAGCAGGACUUGUUUACAAAGAUGUGACUUCAUUCCCAAGGUUUACUGGAUAGAAGCCAGCCACAUUUAUACCAUAGCAAUGUUUUUCCUUUGAUCCAGUGUUACUGUGUUUAUCUUGAUAAACUAGAAAUUUUACCAUUGGAGUUUUAGUUUAAUGUGCUACCUUAAAGGGUAUACUAAAUGAUACAGUACUUUGAAUCUAGUUGUUAGAUUCUCAAAUUCCUACACUCUUGACUAGUGCAAUUUGGUUCUUGAAAAUUAAACUUGUUUACAAAGAUUUAGUUUUGUAAUAAGGUGACUAAUUUAUAGCUGCUAUAGCAAGCUAUUAUAAAACUUGAAUUUCUACAAAUGGUGAAAUUUAAUGUUUUUUAAUUACUUUAUUUGCCUUGCCAUAACACAUUUUUUAAUAAGGCUUAGAUGAACAUGGUCUUCAGUUUGUGCUCUAAACAGUGGGAGUACCAAAGAAAUUAUCAACAAGAUAAAUGCUGUGGCUCCUUCCUAUGUGGGGCUUUAUUGACAUGUAGGUUGCUUGAUAAUAACCUUUUUGUAUAUCACAAUUUGGGUGAAAAACUUAAGUAGUCUUUCAAACUAUUUAUAUGAGGAAGUCACUUUAUUACUCUAAGAUAUCCCUAAAUAGUUUUUUUUUUUUUAAAUUUAGAGUGACUAAGGCUUUAUUUAUGUUUGUAAAACUGUUAAGGUCCUUUCUAAAUUCCUACAUUGUGAGAUAAGGACAGUGUCAAAGUGAUAAAAGCUUAACACUUGACCUAAAUUUCUAUUUUCUUAAGGAAGAAGAGUUUUAAAUAUAUACUGACUCCUAGAAAUAUAUUUAUUAA